AUGGUGCGCAAGCAGCAGGUCUUGGAAACAAGAAAAAAUUUGACUGAACUGGAGUUAAGAUGGACUCAUGGUGAUCAGGAAGCACAAAAUAAUAAUCACGAAGAGGUGGUGGAAGGUCUCAAACCUCAUGAUGGGCUGAAGGUCCUGAGGAUAUAUUCCUGUGGGAACAUUACCAGCUCUGGAAAUUCUUCACCUGUCAGGAUUGGAAAGUUUACAUUGUUUGUGCAGCGGCGCUGCUACAGGAUUGGAAAAUUUGAGGCAUGGCUGGACACAGAUGUGGUACCAGGAGAAGAGACGAUAUUUCCCAAGGUUGAGGAGCUGGUGAUCGGCGAGUGUGGAAGUUUGACUGCAUUACCAAAAGCAGCAUCGGUGAUUACGGAAUCAUCUGGCGGAGUUGAUACUAAGUGCCGCUCCGCAUUUCCAGCAUUGUGGAACAUGACGUUAAGAUCUUUGAAUAUGUUUGAUAGAUGGGAGGCAGUCGAAGGAACUCCAGGAGACGGGGUAACAUUUCCUCUGCUGGAGGAGUUGAAAAUUAAAUUCUGCCCGAAGUUGACUGGUCUCCCUGAAACACCCAAGCUAGGUAAAUUAGCCAUAGAAGGAGGUCACCAAAUAUCCCUGCAGGCAGCUAGCAGAUGCAUUCCUUCGCUGUCCAGUCUGCGUCUGGAUGUGUCACCCGAUGACGCGGAAACAACAUUGCUGCAUGUCAAGCAGAAAUGGGAUCAUGAACUCCCCCUGGCAGCUAUGACGCUAAGGAGGUGCGACAUUUUGUUCUCCUCCCACCCAGGUGCACUAGCGUUGUGGACAUGUUUUGCACGGCUUGUAGAUUUGAGAAUUUGGAAUUGCGACGCUCUUGUCUACUGGCCAGAAAACGUGUUCCAGGUCCUGGUAUCCCUAAGGAGGUUAUCGAUUUUUUGGUGCAGCAAACUGACAGGACACACACAAGCUUCUGACGGGCAAUCUGCUCCAGAACGGGGUGGACUCCUGCCACGUCUGGAAUAUCUAUAUAUAAGUGAUUGCACAUCUUUGGUGGAGGUCCCCAACCUGCCGGCAUCUCUCAAGGAAUUACAUAUUGGUUUCUGCGGUAAUAAUCUCAAGUCCAUCAUAUUCGGUCAGCAUGAGUAUGUGAUGCCGGUGGGUGGAGAAGGUGUCGUACAGCCGGACACGUCAUCAUUAAUUCCAGGGUCCAGCGGUAGUGAGGCCACGGCGUCUACAGCUGUAGUGAAGCUGUCUUCAGCAGCCAACCAUCGCUCCCUUCCAUGCCUAGAAUCUCUAAUUAUACAGAGUUGCGAUCAUUUGUCAGAGGUUGCCAAUCUUCCUCCAUCUAUCAAGUUCUUGGAAAUUUAUAGCUGCGGCAACCUUCAAUCCCUAUCAGGAAAGCUAGAUGUCGUCCAAAAAUUAACUAUUCGGUUCUGCGGUAGGUUGAAGUCACUGGAAUCUUGCGUAGGAGAACUGUGGUCGCUGGAAGAUCUCAGGCUUGAUUGUUGCGAAAGUCUGGUGUCCUUACCGGAUGGGCCUCAAGCAUACUCAUCUCUUAGAGUUCUUGAUAUUCAAGAUUGUGGUGGUAUAAAGUUGCUUCCGCGGAGCCUACGGAGCCAUUUAGAUUGCCUCGAGGAGAAACAUCUAGAUGCCCGUUACGAAGGUAAUCUCCCGUUUCCAGCUUGUUUCUUUUAA